CUUCUUCUUGGUUUCCAAGAAGAAACAAAGACAAUGGCUACUCUCAUCGACUCUCAUUUCUUAGCGUUCACCGCACUUAUCACUAUUGAUUAUCAGUUUCUGUUUUUCGACAUCACCGCGCUCCUCAAAUUCGACAAAGUCACUGAUUUUUCCGGCAUCCUUAUUCUUUACUGCACUUUGACCUUUUCCUUGAUUUCAAAAGGAAGCACGAAUUUCAUUACAAUUGCUGUAUUGACACUGGUGAUCAAAGGCUCAUUGUAUUUUCGACAGAUAAUCCUGACGUUGUUUGUUGGGAUAUGGGGAAUUCGCCUGGCGCUUUUCCUGUUAUUCAGGUGUGGACUGUCAGUUUACCGGUCACAUUGGUUAAUGCAAGCGACAGAAAUCCCUUUCUACAUGUUGUGGAUGUAAUAGGUUGGAUUUUGGCAAGUGGGGUUGAUCGGUUCAAGAGACCGUUUGCACAUCUUGAGGAGCAUUGUGGGAACAGUGAACGAAGCACUCCAUUGCAUUGCAGAGACAACAUGUCUCCUU